AUGGUGUCCUUUACUAUUGUCGCAGCCGCCGUGCUAGUUUCUCUUCACAACGCCCUUGCGGUACCUAGCGGCAUCACCUCGCUCAUUAACCAUGAAACCGUGGGAAAACAGCUCGAAGCCCGUCAAGGUGGUUACUACUCUUUCUGGUCCGAGGGAGGCGGCUCUUUCCGUUGCAAUCAGCAGGGCGGUGGGAAGUAUACGUGCAAUUGGUCAGGCCAGCCUGGUGGAGGCUUCGUCGCUGGUACCGGCUUCAAGCCUGGCGGUUCGAGGACCGUGAAAUACUCCGGUACAUACGAUGCCAAAGGGCCCGGCUACCUCGCUCUUUACGGUUGGACGCGUAACCCCCUCAUCGAAUACUACAUCAUCGAAUCUUACGACGUUCUUGCCCCUGGUGAACCUUGGACGCGCAAAGGUAACUUCACUUUUGAAGAAGGCACCUAUGAGCUCUACACUAGUCAGCGGGUGAACAAGCCGUCGAUCGAAGGUACGCGCACUUUCACACAAUUCUGGUCGGUGAGGACAGAGAAGAGGGUUGGCGGAACAAUCACUACACAGAAGCAUUUCGAUGCAUGGAGCAAGGCCGGAAUGAGGUUGGGUGGCCAUGACUAUAUGAUUCUUUGUACGGAGGGAUUUGCAAAUGGAACAUUGCUGCCGAGUGGAAGUAGUAGCAUCACGGUAAGCUAG